GCCAGAAACAAUAAAAUGUCACAUAACGUUUGGUCUCUAUGUCUGAGCUACAGUCGUACGUGUCACAUUACCUUGACUGUCUCAUGCGUUUUAAUCUAAAUUCAUUGUAAAUUCGUAAGCUACUGAGCAGUGGUGUAGAAUUGCCUAUAUUUGUUUUGGUGUGACGUGAAACGGAAAUGGUAACUAAGAACAGCAGAGAUUUCUAGAAAGCUAGAAGACGCGAAGCCGAAAAGGGUAGUAUUUUUCGAUGAUUGCUACACAUGGAACAGAGGAAACGAGAGUUGUGCAAACAGAAUGGAUGAAAAUGAUCAAGCCACGCAGGAGGAACGCCCGAGCCUCCACUCUCUGUGCCAGCGGCAGACGCCCCAGAGCUAUGCCAGGGCGAGGCAGCUCCUGGAGGACCCUCUGACGUCACUGGAUGCGUUGGACAAGAACGGCAUGACGCCUCUGCACGUCGCUGUCGUCAACAAGAACGCGAGAAUGGUGGAGCUGCUCCUCCAGAGGGGCGCCAACAAAGAGAUUCCCAGCGGAACGUAUCAGUACACGCCCUUAUUCGAGGCGGUCAUCAAGCAGUCAGUUUCAUGUUUGAAUUUACUGCUUGACGCCGGCGCCAGCGUGAACGCCCGAGACGUCCACGGCAAGUCGGUGCUGCACACGGCGGUGCGCCAGGGCAGCCCCAUGGUCGGCCUGCUGGUGGACAGAGGUGCGUCCGUCGUCUGCCCCGAAUCCAAGUACGGCCGCACGCCCAUCCACAUUGCCGCCGAGUUGGGCGCGACGGAAAUCUUGGAGACCCUCCUGUGGAAAUGUUCGAAGGGCGCAGACAUCAAGGACAAGAAGGACAUGACGCCCCUCCACUUCGCCGCCGAGCGGGGCCACCGGAACUGCUGCCACGUCCUGCUGAGACACGGGGCCAACCCCUCGGCCAAGAACAGGUGCAACGAGACCGCCCUCCACAUCGCCGUCAGGAACUGCUACCUGCUCACCAGCCAGAUCCUCCUGUCGUACGAGCACGACCUCAACAGUAAGGACAACAACGGAUUCACGCCGCUUAUACGCAUCACGACUUGCAAGAAAUUCGACGCCGAGAAGGUCCUGUGCCUCCUGCUGGAGAGGCGGCCUGACCUGAACGCGACGUGCCCCAACGGGGACACGGCGCUGCACCACGCCGUGAAAGGCGGCAGCCAGGACAAGUGUCGCAUCCUGGUGGAGGCGGGCGUGGACUGCAACGUGCAGAACAAGCACGGCAUGACGCCCCUCCACAUCGCCGCGAAGAAGAAGCUCCCGGAGUGCUGCGCCGCCAUCCUGCGGCUUCCCCUACGACGAGAUCUUCUUGAACUCGAGCAGCCUGGACUUCGACGGGCGGGAGAGCCUCAGGAGCGGCGCCGACGGCGAGAGGAGCCGGCUCAGCCUCGACGUGAGCACGGAGAGCAUUCGGGACACGGAGCGCUCCACGAAGACUAAGGUCGACGUCAACAUCAAGGACAACAACGAUAUGGC